AUGGAAUCUAUCAUGGCAUUAGAAGCACAAGCUGGUCAAACAUUCCCAGUGAUGCAAAUCAAUCCUGAGUCGACAGAGACUGUUGUUCUUCUACCACGAACGAAUUCUACGACUUUGCAUAGACGAAGCGUUGAACGCACGGAACGUGAAAAAGAUGCUGAACAAGCGACUCCACCAGCAUAUUCCAUGGAAGAAAUAACUGCUCGUCGUCGAGGAAAACGAGCGGAGGAUCAAAAUUUACCGAAGAAAGUUCGGAGCUUUUACAAAAAACAGGAUAAACUUAUUUCAACAUUUGAACGUGUCCAUCGUCUUCACUCCGAUAAACAAAGCGACAAUGAGGAUGACGAAGAUGAAGAUGAAGAGAAUGGAGAUAAAAGCGACAAGAAAGACAAACAGGAUGUCAUCAUUCGACGAAAACGAAUCAGUUUCUAUACGAAACUAUCAUUAUUAGUUAACAUUUGUCUUCUUGCGAUGAAGAUUGCUGCGGCUAUACUCUCCCGUUCUUUGUCGGUGAUUUCCUCGGUAGUAGAUAGCGGUGUUGAUCUGACAACAAGUGUAAUUCUGUUUUGGGCAACACACGCAAUGAAUCGACCUGAUCGAGUUUUGUAUCCGAUAGGUCGAAGACGACUUGAACCAAUCUCCAUCGUUAUUCUUUCGGUUAUUAUGAGUUCAGCUAGUGUGAUGGUCAUUUCCGAAUCUUUACAAACGAUUGCGCAGGAUGUCGAUGCAUUUCGAGGCAACUCAUCAGAAACUCUGAAAAAUCUUCAUGAACUCGACAUGAGAACAAUUCCAGUAACCAUCAUGUGUACAACAAUCGUAUCAAAACUGGUCCUGUUCAUAUUAUGUUCUCGUGAAAGUAGUGUGACAUUGAAUGCGUUAGCACAAGAUCAUCGGAACGAUGUGUUUUCGAAUGUUAUUGCACUCAUAUGUGGUGUUGCUGGCUCUCACGCAAGAGUACUCGUUGGAAAUUGGAAACAAUAUUUCAUAUUGGCUGAUCCUAUUGGCGCUGUUGUUGUUUCGAUCUAUAUCUUAGUAACUUGGGUUCGUCAAGCCAGUCAACAAGUGAAACGAUUGACCGGACAUACGGCUAAACCGGAGUUUCUUCAACAGAUAACAUGGGUUGCGUUUCAUCAUUCCCCUCAAAUCUUGAAAAUUGACACAGUUCGUGCAUUUCAUUUCGGAACUAACUUUCUCGUCGAGGUCGACAUUGUCCUUCCAGAAGAUAUGUCACUUCGAGAUGCUCAUGAUAUCGGCGAAGCAUUACAAAAGAAAAUUGAACGCAUUCCGGAAGUCGAACGAGCAUUUGUCCAUCUUGACUAUGAAUUCAGUCAUAAAGCUCAUGAUGAACACAAAGUUGUUUGA